AUGCGCCUUUUCCGAGGGGAACUCUUGAAAAAGUACCCAAAUCUAUGGAAAAGCCUGGCAACUCCAGAAGAACGUGAGAAACUAAUCGCCAUGGGGCUUGCCACGCCAAUUACUGCAAUAAAUGCAACUCUUUUGCGGGCCUACGAGGUCGAUGAGCUCAUCGCUGGCAGUGAAGAACGUUUCAAGUCAUUCGAGUUUAUCAUUUCUUGUAUUAUCUUUUGUCAACGUGCACCAUUGUCUGACCGUCCGCGUUUUUUGACUACUGUAGACAAACAAAGCAGCAAAGUGUCCAGCUUUCCGAUAUGCUUGGAUGAUUCAGACCCCGUGGCCUAUCAUGAGAAUGCAAUACAACCGGAGCACCUCGUCCCUAUCCGUCUGGACAUCGAGUUUGAUGGAGUAAAGCUUCGAGAUUGUUUCACCUGGAAUCGAUACGAGCAGAUGAUAACACCGGAGCAGUAUGCUGAAAUACUCUGCGAUGACUUAGAUUUGAAUCCAAUCUCCUUUGUCCCUGCUAUCGCACAGGCUAUUCGACAGCAGGUCGAAGCCCAUUCAGUGGAAAAUAUUCUCGUUGGACAGACUGAUACCCGUGUCAUAAUCCGGUUGAACAUUCACGUGGGCAAUCUGUCACUGGUGGACCAGUUCGAGUGGGAUCUCUCUGAGCCCGCAAAUUCACCAGAACAGUUUGCUGCUCGCCUUUGCGCUGAACUUGGCCUCGGUGGCGAAUUUGUGACCGCUGUUGCCUACAGCAUCCGAGGACAGCUAGCCUGGCACCAGCGUCUCUAUGCAUUUACGUAA